CAUCACCAUGCCAGGCUAAUUUUUGUAUUUUUAGUGGAGACGGGGUUUUGUCAUGUUGGCCAGGCUGGUCUCGAACUCCUGACCUCAGGUGAUCUGUCCAUCUUGGCCUCCCAAAGUGCUAGGAUUACAGGUGUGAACCACCGUGCCUGGCCAAAAUUUUUUAAAAAUUAGGUGGGCACAGGGACGGGGUGCUGGACAUGGAGGCCCAAAGGCAGGGUGCUGCGUUCUAUGCCCCUGGCAGGGAGCCAGUGCCCAUGCUGCCGGCCAGCCUCUGCCAGGACAUCCUCAGCCUCCUGCCUGGCCAGGACUGCCUGGCCAUCUCCCUGUUCCUCACCAUGGAGAAGGCCAGUGGCCAGUUGAAGAGCCUGCGCUUUGCACCCUCCGUGGUCCGCUCUGACCGCCAGCUGUCCUACAAGGAGGCGGAGGAGGUGAUCAGGCAGCACCCGGGUGCGGGCCGUGAGCUGCCGGCCCGCCUGGACUCCAUGGACGCCUGUGUCGUGGCCGCGUGCUACUUCUCAAGGCUGCUGCACCGGCACCGCCUGCAGUCUGACUGCUUCUAUGAGCAGCCGGAUGAGGACAGCACCCUGGGCUUCCGAGCGGCCCACAUCAUGGUGAAGGAGUGCAUGAUUCAGUUUAACAGGCUCGUGGCUGAGUUCCCGGUGGGCCGUGAACGCACGCGGACGGUCACGCCUCUGAGGUGGCAGCCAGCACCCCGCAGCCAGCAGCUCAAGACCAUGUGUGAGAAGCACGGGGACCGGGUGCCCCUGUCACUGCACCUCGGCCACCACCUGCACGGCAGCAGGGGCAGUCCCCUUGACACGCGGCUGCACCUCCUGGCCUCCCUCUGGAAGCAGGUCCAGUUUGCUGCCCGCACCCAGGACUACGAGCAGACGGUGGACUUAGUCACCACGGAUGACAUGCACCUGGCUCCUGCAGGCUGCGACAUCCGCAAGGCCCUGGAGCGCUCGGCGUUCGGCCGCUGCGCCCGGGGCCACCAGCAGCAGGGCGGCCACUACUCGCUGCAGGUGGACUGGUACACAUGGGCCACCUCGCCCAUCCGCAGGUACCUGGACGUGGUGUUGCAGCCGAUCCUGCUGGCGCUGGGCGAUGGAGGCUCCGCCUACUCUGCCAGGGACAUCGAUGGGCUCUGCCAGGGCUUCAGCCUCCAGCACACGCUUGCCCAGAGCUAUCAGCAGCGGCCGCGCAGCCUGCACCUGGCCGUGCAGCUCAAGGCCCAGCCUCUGGACAAGCUGGGCUUCGUUGUGGACGGGGAGGCAGGCUCCCGCUGCUUCCGGCUGCUCUUCCCCAGCAACCGGGAGACGCUGCCUGACCCCUGCCCCAUCCCCUAUGGCUCCCUGCAGCUGGCCGAGCACCCCCACGCCCUGGCAGGCCGGCCGGGCCUACAGCUCCUGUGGCCGCGCCGUGUCUACUCAGUGCAGGGAUCCAGCCCGCCCUUGCCACUGCCUGGCACUGUGCUGGACCUACACACCUGGGCCGUGGAGACGGCCCUGUGGAAGCAGCUGCUGGCGCUGGUGGAGCUGCAGCGCUGGCCGGAGGCGGCUGCUCUCAUCCAGGAGAAGGGCGAGGCGUCCCAGCGGUGGGAGCUGGUGCAGGUGCAGCGGAGCCGCUGUGGCCAUUUUCUGGAGGUGGCCCGGGAGCUGGGCAGCGGGGACACCCUGCAGGUGCAGCUCGGCGCCAGCCUGCAGCACGGCUUCCUGGUACCGAGCCCUCAGCUCUGGAUCAUGGCACUCGGCUUCAGCCUCUGCCUGGAGCACGUGGAGCGGCCCGGAGACUGCUUCUCGGGCCAUGUGUACCAGGCCCCGCGGGACCGGUACUGCGACGUGGAUGAGUACGCCUGCGUGUGGGAGCCAUUCUGUGCCCUGGAGUCGGCCACCGGCGCGGUUGCCGAGAAUGACUCUGUCACACUUCAGCACCUGAAUGUUUCCUGGGAGGCGUCGCGGACGCCGCAGGGGCAACUGCAGGGCGCUCUCCCCCUGGAGGCCGGCUUCCUCGAGGAGAACUGUGCCGACAUCAACUUCAGCUGCUGCUACCUCCGCAUCCGGCUCGAGGGGCUGCCGGCUCCCACAGCCAGCCCACGCCCCAGGCCCAGCAGCCUCGGCCCUGGCCUGAGUGUUGACCCCGGCACGUAUACCUGGGUGGCCCACGGGCAGACGGAGGACUGGGACCAGAAGCGCCGGGCAGACCGGCAGGAGGCUCUCAGACGGGUGCACCUCUUCGUCCACCACAUCGGCAUGGAGAAGGCACCGGAAGAGGUGCUGAGGCCGGGCACCCUGUUCACCGUUGAGCUGCUGCCCAAGCAGCUUCCUGAUCUCCGCAAGGAGGAAGCCGUGCGUGGGCUAGAGGAGGCGUCCCCGCUGGUCACCAACAUCGCAGUGGGCUGGCCUGUCCCGCAGCCCCUCUGCAGAGUGAUCCCCAGCAGGUUCCUGGAGCGGCAGACCUACGACACCCCCGGAGGCCGCCACAAGCUGAACCCCAGCCAGAACGUGGCGGUCAGGGAGGAUCUGGAGAAGCCUUUCACGGUCAUCCAGGGUCCACCAGGUACAGGGAAGACGAUCGUGGGCCUCCACAUCGUAUUUUGUUUUCAUAAAUCAAACCAGGAGCAGGUGCAGCCCGGAGGCCCCCCCUCCGUGGGGAGAAGCGGCUGGGGGGGUCCCUGCAUCUUGUACUGCGGCCCCUCCAACAAGUUGGUAGAUGUCCUGGCAGGACUGCUCCUGAGAAGGAUGGAGCUGAAGCCCCUCCGUGUGUACAGCGAGCAGGCUGAGGCCAGCGAGUUCCCAGUGCCACGCCUGGGCAGCAGGAAGCUGCUCAGGAAGAGCCCCCGGGAGGGGAGGCCGAACCAGAGCCUCAGGAACAUCACCCUGCACCACCGGAUCCGGCAGGCCCCCAACCCGUACUCGCCGGAAAUCAAGGCCUUUGACACCCGGCUGCAGAGAGGGGAGCUCUUCUCCAGGGAGGACCUGGUCUCGUUCAAGAAGGUCUUGUGGGAGGCUCGGAAGUUCGAGCUGGACCGGCAUGAAGUCAUCCUCUGCACCUGCUCCUGCGCAGCCUCUGCCAGCCUCAAAACCCUGGACAUGAGGCAGAUCCUUGUUGAGGAGGCAGGCAUGGCCACGGAACCUGAAACCCUCAUCCCCCUGGUGCAGUUCCCACAGGCCGAGAAGGUAGUUCUUCUUGGAGACCACAAGCAGCUGCGGCCUGUGGACAAGAAUGAGCAGCUGCAAAACCUGGGUCUGCACUGGUCUCUGUUUGAGCGGUACCACGAGGACGCACAUAUGCUGGACACUCAGUACCGCAUGCACGAGGGCAUCUGUGCCUUCCCCUCUGUGGCGUUCUACAAGAGCAGGCUGAAGACGUGGCAGGGCCUGAGGAGGCCACCCAGUGUCCUGGGCCACACUGGCAAGGAGAGCUGCCCUGUCAUCUUUGGCCACGUGCAGGGCCACAAGCAGAGCCUGCUGGUGUCCACGGAUGAAGGGAAUGAGAACUCCAAGGCCAACCUGGAGGAGGUGACUGAGGUGGUCCGUAUCACCAAGCAGCUGACCCUGGGGAGGACCAUAGAGCCCCAGAACGUCGCCGUCCUCACGCCCUACAACACACAGGCCUCUGAGAUCAGCAAGGCCCUUCCACAAGAGGGCAUUGCCGGGGUGGCCAUGUCCUCCAUCACCAAGAGCCAGGGGAGCGAGUGGUGCUAUGUGCUGGUGAGCACCGUCCACACCUGUGCCAAGAGCGACCUGGACUAGCGGCCCACCAACAGCUGGCUCAAGAAGUUUCUGGGCUUCAUUGUGGACCCCAACCAAGUGAACGUGGCUGUCACGCGGGCCCAGGAGGGGCUCUGCCUCAUCGGAGACCACCUCCUUCUGUGCUAUUGCCCCCUCUGGUGUAGCCUCCUGGACUUCUGAGAGGCUCAGCAGACCCUCAUGCCUGCCAGCCAGGUGCACCUCUGCAGGAGGCCAACUGUGCCUUCCUGAAGAGCCCUCCCCACCUGCAAGGUGCCAGGAUUGGGAGGGAAAGUCCAGGGCCCCCCCCCACCCUCCCCACCACCCUCCGCCAUCAGCCUUCCUGGGCCAGCCUGCCUCCUGGGCUCAGGCUCUCCCUGGGGCGGGAAGUGGGUGGACUUGGAGGAGGAACGGUGAGGGCCGGUCCCCACACCCCUGCUUCUCCUGGGCAUCUGGGGACAGGGACACCUCUCAGGAUGGCCAAGAGGGGCUUCCUUGGGACCAGCACAAGGAAGUUCUGCUGUCCCUGGGAAGUCUCAGAACCAGGAAGGAAACCCUGUGGAGGCUGCCCUUUGACCUUUGGACGCCACCUGUGAUCACUCUGGAUGGCAUCUGUGGAGCUCAGGUUUAUUUUCUAUUUAAAUGAACUAAAAGCCAGCAUCCUGCCGGGCGCAGUGGCUCAUGCCCGUAAUCCGGCACUUUGGGAAGCUGAGGCAGGUGGAUCACCUGAGGUCAGGAGUUCGAGACCAGCCUGGCCAACACGGUGAAACCCCGUCUCCACUAAAAAUACAAAAUUAGCCGGGCGUGGUGGCGUGCGCCUGUAAUCCCAGCUACUGGGGAGGCUGAGGCAGGAGAAUUGCUUGAAUCCAGGAGGCAGAGGUUGCAGUGAGCUCUGAUGGCACCACUGCACUCCAGCCUGGGUGACAGAGCCAGACCUUUUUUUUAAAAAAAAAAAAAAAAAAAAAAGGCCAGCAUCUGUUACUGGAACAGAGACCUCAGCCCAAGCUCAGGACAAGGAGGCCUCCCUGGCAGAAGGGGCCUUUUUCCCACCACCACCGCCUGUGUCCUUCAGGGGUUGCUGAAGGGCAGCCCAAAGCCAGGGGCCCACCCCACCCCACCCGGCCCCACCCCGCCCUCUGAAAUGUGAAAAGCCUGCACUCUUCCCGUGGUCUGCACAGUGGGCUCGGGGGCUGGGGGGUGCUGGGGCGAUGCUUCCACCCUGGACUGAGCGUUCCGGGGCAGCCUGCUGGGCUGUAUCUGUUUCUCGCGCACUCACCCGCUUCAGUGCGGCUCUGUCCCUGCUGCGACCUCCAGUCCUGAGGGAGGGGCUUGCCCUACCUUCUACAUUCCAAGUUUUCUAUCUUUGAAUUAUGUGAUUAGAUAUUAAUUUAAUGAUAAAAGCACUCUGAAAGCUCAAAAAAAAAAAAUUAGCUGGGCAUAGUGGUGUAUACCUG